UGGGUUGGUCAGACUCCUCCCUUCGGUAUAUAUAUUGACCACGCCAGCAUAAGUCUAACAGCGCUUCGAGCGACCCCCUUUGUGGGGAAGAGAUAUGCAGACGCGAAAAGCAAAAUGGACCGCAAACAGCAUGAUCGCUGGUGCUGGAGGUGGUCUGGUUGCCAGCAUCGCGACCUGUCCGCUUCGACGCAUCAAGACCAAGUUACAAGCGCAACGUACAGUCCAAGGGCAGCAGGGUUAUCAAGGGGUCCUCGACAUCGUGAAAACAACCCUCAAACAUGAUGGAAUACGCGGCAUGUAUCGUGGUCUUGGCCCCACAAUCUUGGGGUAUCUUCCAACAAUGGCUAUCUACUUUGCGAUAUAUGACGGGAUUAAGACGCGCUUCGGAGAACCUCCGCUGGGCCAAGUGCCGAAACAUGACCGAGUAUACCCUGCUGCACAAACUAAGGGCUACCAGCCCGUGAUGCGCGACCACCCGUGGACCCUCCACAUCCUUUCCGCGAUGAUCGCCGGUGCUGCGAGCACAACCACACAAUCAAGACGAGAAGUUAGAUACCGACAUACCUUCGAUGCAGCUUUCGCAAUAUACCGCACGGAGGGCAUCCGCGCGUUCUACCGUGGGCUCCUACCCAGCCUUUUAGGAAUAUUUCAUGUAGCCGUCCAGUUUCCCCUAUAUGAAAAGCUCAAGAUAUGGGCCCAGGGUGACUCCGAUGAGCCGCUACGGAGCGACACAAUAUUGCUAUGUUCUGGCAUAGCGAAGAUGGCUGCAUCCAUUGCAACGUAUCCACACGAGGUUGUACGCACACGGCUGCAGACGCUCCGAUUACCAAUAGCUGAGGAUGCAUCUUCGGACGGCAUGGUGAAAACACAUGCACGCCGCGGAAUCAUUUACAUAACACGCAAGAUUAUUCAGAAAGAGGGCUGGACGGGUCUUUACAAAGGUCUUUCAGUCACCCUGUUCCGAACGGUGCCAAAUAGUGCCGUUACACUUUUAACAUAUGAACUGCUCAUGCGUCACCUUACGGUUCAACAAUGAGAUAUAAUUGCACCUAUUGCGCAAUUGUAUAUCGGCAUUCAUCUGCCUCAACCUAAGAGGAAACCGCUUUUUUGAAUACGAUGAGUUCAAGACUGCAUUUAGAAAGACCUUUUCAUGUAUAGAUUUAUAACUCAGUGUAUAAUAUCAAUAUCAUCGUGAGCGCAUUCCUUUUACCUCGGGUAUCAUUCGCCUUCCUUUGCUCCGUUCCUUCUGUUGCAGUAAUAUCUGUGCUAUAAUCGACGUUGUAAUUGGCCGGGGCCACAUAGCUUUGC